AUGCGGCGAGACGGCAGCGUCUCCGACGCGGUCAUCACCACUUGGCAGAUAUCGUUUGAGCAGAUCCGGAAGACGAGGCCCGCAGCUGCAGAGUUACUUUUGCUCAUGGCCAUGUUUGACAGACAAGGGAUUCCGGAGUCUAUUCUAUACGCUGGUAGAGAUAGGAUCCAGUUCGAGGAUGCGGUCGCACCGUUAACAAGCUCCUCUUUGAUUAAAGCCCAGAAUAUGAAGCAGCCAGAGCAGCAGGUCAGGGAGCAUCUAUUUGAGAUGCACGACUUAGUGCAGCUGGCGACGACAAAGUGGCUGGAAGUACAGAAGCAGGUGGGCAGGUGGCAGAAGACGUCGCUACAGAUUAUAGCUACUGCUUUCCCGAGUGGACAGCAUGAGACAUGGGCGGCUUGUCGAGUGCUCCUUCCGCACGCGCGAAAGGCGCUUGGCUACGUUCUAGAAGAGACGGAGGCAAAACUGGAUCGCGCAAGGAUUACAGAUAACACAGUAUUUUAUUUUCUACUCGCAGGGGAGUAUGCAGCAGCAGAGCAAAUUGGGCGGACUGCAGUAGCAGGGAGAGAGGAGGUUCUUGGAGUAGAGCACCCGGACACGCUCACUAUCGUCAGCCAUCUUGGGUGGGUGUUAGAGAGGCAGGGCAAGUACGAAGAGGCAGAAGCGAUGCACUGGCAGGCUCUGGAAGGAUAUAGAAAGGUGCUUGGAGUAGAGCACCCCAACACACUUACCAGAAUGGCCAACCUAGCCUCCACUUUGUGGAGUCAAAGGAAGUGGAAGGAGGCUGAAGAUAUGGAAAUCCGAGUAAUGGAGACGAGUCAAAAAGUGCUUGGACAUGAACACCCAAACACGCUGAUGGCCAUAGGUAACCUUGCGUUCACACUAAAAUCCCAAAGCCGCGAUAAGGAGGCUAUUUCACUAAUGGAGACAUGCUUUCAGCUACAAGAACGGGUCCUUGGUCGUCAUCAUCCUAACACGAAGUCUUCCCUUGAAACUUUGAAUGAGUGGCAGAUGGAGAAUAUCGAGAUAAGGGUUUAA